CUGGUACAAAGCCUUAAUUAUGCACCAAAAGCUAGUCAGGUGCAUAGGUGUAGCGCAGGUAACGAAUUCGCUAAAAGCCAUGCAAGUCAAAGCCAUAAAUAAUUCUACUUAUAUUUUUAAUCACAUUUUAUAAUAUACACCAUGCUGUUAUAAAUUUAUUGUCUUCAGUUGCAAAACAAGAGUGUAAUACAUUGGAGUUUUGAUUGCAACACGAGCAAUCUCGGAUAAUAAUUUCAAUAAAUAAUCUCUUGUAUUUUUGUCUACGUGGAUAGUCUACGAGAAAGAUUUUUACUUAUAGUUUUUUCGACAAUAUAAGUAAAUAUGACGUUAUGAAAAUUUGAAUUGAAAAGCCUUAUAUAUAAUUGUGCCAAGUGCGUGCUGGCCGGUUUCUUAGGUUUUUUUUAUGAGAAUAUAACUGAGGAUAAUACAAUUUUUAUACAAUGACUACAUUAAGUGGCUUUAUAGAAUUCUUCCAGAAAGGAAAGACAUUUAGACCAAAGAAGAAAUUUGCUCAUGGAACAUUACGUUAUUCUUUACAUAAACAAGCUCAAGCUUCCCUUAAUUCUGGCAUCAACUUAAGAGCUGUUGUAAAAUUACCACCUGGAGAAGAUUUAAAUGAUUGGAUUGCUGUUCAUGUUGUGGACUUUUUUAAUAGAAUAAAUCUUAUAUAUGGUACUGUAUCUGAGUAUUGCGAUUCAGCAUCAUGUCCAACAAUGAGUGGUGGAGCACGUUUUGAAUAUUUGUGGGCAGAUGGUGAAAAAUAUAAAAAGCCAACAGCAUUACCAGCACCACAGUAUGUUACUCUUCUUAUGGAUUGGACUGAAGCUCAAAUUAAUAAUGAAACAGUUUUUCCAGUAUCAACAGAUGUGCCAUUUCCUAAAACAUUUAUACCAUUAUGCAGAAAAAUCUUAACACGUCUCUUUAGAGUUUUUGUCCAUGUAUAUAUCCAUCAUUUUGAUCGCAUUGUAGCAAUAGGAGCAGAAGCACACGUGAAUACAUGUUACAAGCAUUUCUAUUACUUUGUAACAGAAUUUGAUUUAAUUAAUCCUAAAGAAUUAGAACCAUUAGCUGAAAUGACUGCCAAAGUUUGUAAGGAUAGUGCUUCUCCUACUCGAAGCACACUGCCAUCAAACAAUCAAAGUAGAUAGUUUACUUAUUUUUAUUUGUUUAAUAAUAACAAAACUAAUUAUACAAUUUACAGUAAAUUAGCAGAAUCUCCAAACAUAUAUA